AUGCCUGUUCCAUCUUGGCACAUUUCAUUUGCUGUUGACUCUAUAAUUCUGAUUAGAUUAAUGCUGAUCAAUAAUUAUUAGGCUGUUGACACUUUUCAAGAUGCCCCACAGUAUCUCCAGCUCUCACUUCCGUGAGGUUCCUUAUGAUAUUUCCUUCUCUGGGUCUGGAUUCCUGGCUACCUAUCAGCUCGGGGUUGUUCUGAGCUUCCUGAAGUAUGCGCCCUGGAUCCUGCAGUCGGCUCCCCACAUCCUCGGCGCGUCUGCCGGUUCUGUGGUAGCAGCUGCAGUUGUCUGUGAAGUCAACCCAGCUGCCAUUCGGGAUGAGAUCAUCCUUUUUGUCAAACAGGUGAUGGCUGCCCCACUUGGACCCCUGAACCCUUCCGUCAAUGUUUUCAAGUGGUUGGAAAGUGUUUUGCGCAAGCACCUUCCUUUGGAUGCACACCUUUUGGCAAACGAUCGACUUAGUGUUGCUGUGACACGACUGUCAGAUGGGAAGCACCUAAUCAUGUCAGAAUUUCAGUCCAAAGAAGAUGUAGUGAAAUCUCUCCUGUGUAGCUGUUUUGUCCCUGGAUAUUGUGGCUUUCUGCCUCCAGCCUUCAACGGAGUGCACUACAUUGAUGGUGGCUUGAGUGGAUUCCAGCCCUUGCUCUCUGAGCCGUCCAGCCACACUCUAACUGUAUGCCCAUUCUCUGGAGAAGCUGAUAUAUGUCCAGCUGAUCCUCCUUGUAUGAUGGACAUGGUAGCUUCUGGAACUCCUCUUAAGUUCAACAUGGCUAACACCUUCAGAAUCAUCAACGGUCUUUACCCUGUGUCUUUACAGGCCAUAGAGCAAGCCUUCAAUUUUGGCUACAAAGAUGCCAUCAACUUCCUUCAGAGCAAUGAUGUCGGUCUUGCUAAGAUAGGGCGUAGUGUAUCCCGCGGACUCUCAAACGGUAACUCCACCAGUCCAAAGACAUCCAAAGAGGAGCAGAAGAUGAAAGGAGGGGAACAAACUAACCUGAAAACAGCUUUCAAAGAACACGGAUCCAUGCAAAUGUUCAGCUCCACCGUGCAAGAACCCAUUGAAGAUCCUCUUCACCAUUUUUACUUAAUGAAGAAUGUCCUGAUGGGGAAUAUGACAACUUACCUGAGUAUGUUUGGGUUACCAGUGAGGAUCUUCUCUCAUCUGCUUCUACCUCUCAUAGUGUCUUUCUAUGCUGUGCUCCAAAGUAGACAAGGACUCAAGAUGCUCCUUAAAGACGUCCCUGAGUUUGUUGUUUGGAAUUGUUAUUUCAUUGGGCAUUGUGGGAUUUUCUUCCUGAACAUUUUCAUCUGUAGCCUCAAAAGACUGAUAAAAGACCGGUUAACACAGAUCACCUUGCUGCUGCACUGGCUAAAGAUUUACACACCGCACAAAUCCAUGUGAGAGGAGCAGGAUUUAUUACUUUCUGAUGUACAUUUUGAUUUCAAAAGAAACCAGCUGCAGCAACAUUUGAAAAAUGACGAGUCUCUUUCUCUCAGGUUCAUGGAACCACAGAAAAACAACAGCAUCAUCUAGUGGUACACACUUUGUACAAGUUUGGACCAAGUUUAUUGAAUAAUAAAAAGAGAGGACCGCCUGUAAGUCAUGUACGGUAACUUUCACCUGAAAUCAACAACGUAACAGUCAGACAUAGUUGGGUGAAACUAUUUCUACAUAAUGGCAGAUAAGGCUUUGUUAUGUGAUCAGAGAGACAACCUUGUUGACUCCAUUAAAUCCAGUAAAACCUGUUAAGUGUUCAUGGUUCAAACUUGAAUAACCAAAGUGAGCAGAAGUGAAACACUGUAUUGAUCAAAAUUGGUCUCAGAGAGACAUUUUAAAACUUGUGAUUAAAUAGCAGCUCUUAUGUUUUACUGCUAUAACCAGAAGAUGAGACAUAACUUUUGUUCCAGAGUUUUUUUUUUAAACCACUUUUGCCCAGAGUAAAUGUUCCAUUUGUCAAAUGUCCUGUUUCCGUUUUGUGCAUUUCAACCACAAUCUGAGUUGAAGCCUCAGCUGACCGUGGGGCUUUUGUAAGAGGAGGUUGUUGACAGUAACUGCUUUGUCAAAGUGGAGGGUUACUUGUAUAAUGGUCUUUGUGUGCUUAUAUGUUUAUUAUGGUUAGGUCUCUACUUUACCUUAAUGCCACUUGUCUAGAUUCAGUAAUCUACAAAUAUUUGUUGAAAUGUGCCUAGUAGCUCUGUAAUUCUGCACAAAUUAGCUGUUUUAGUCUCACCAACUAUGUUUUCCCCUUUUUAUGAAUGAAAUUAAAGAAAUGCAACAAAG